AUGGAACUCCAAAACAGAAAGCAUGCUACGGAAACUGCGUUGCCAACUUCUCAUAUCGGAGAGGUUGUCGAAGCAGGUCGCACCAGAGAUGAAAAAGAUCUUAUUCGGCUUGGCAAAAAGCCUGUUCUAAAGGCAAGUUAUACGCAUAUCCGCAACUUUGGCUUCAUGUCCAUUCUGGGAUUUUCGUGCACUGUCCUUAUUACCUGGGAGGGAAUGUUGAUAGUAUCAACUCAGAGUCUUCUCAAUGGUGGCCCUGCGGGAGUCAUCUGGGGAUACAUCAUCGUAUGGAUUGGCACCAUCUCCACAUUUGUUGUUUUGUCAGAAUUGGCUUCGAUUUGGGUCGCAAUGUUAGCUCCGGACCGAUCUAAAAGGUUCUUGAGCUACAUUACUGGAUGGAUGACAUUUGUCGGAUGGCAAGCAGUUACUGCAUCUGCAGCCUAUCUUAUAGGGACACUCUUUCAAAGUAUCAUAUUGAUGACAAAAUCAGAUUAUAUUCCGAAACCAUGGCAAUCGAUGCUCUUUUUGUGGGCAAUCUUAGCCUUUGCAGUUGUUAUCAAUACAGUAGCAAGCAAAACUCUUGCGCACUUUGAAGGCGUAAUUUUGGUUUUGCACGUCCUAGGAUUCUUUGCUGUCCUAAUUCCGCUCGUUUAUCUUUCACCCCACGGCAAUACUUCCCUGUUUACAACGUUUGUCAAUGGAGAAGAAAUUAAAAAAGCGUCAAUCGUUGUACCGCGCGCCAUGCUCAGUGGCCUCAUCCUCAAUGGUGUCCUAGGAUUCGCGAUGAUGAUCGCAUACCUCUUUUGUCUAGGGGAUCUUGAUGAUGUAUUGAACGCCCAGGAAACUUUAGGAUAUCCGUUCCUCUAUGUCUUCCAAACAGGAACUGGUUCAACCGCAGGAGCUGCAGUAAUGGGUCUAAUCGUUGUAGCUCUCGGUGUGUGCAGCACAGUUGGCGCUCUCGCCUCAUCCUCUAGGAUGCUGUGGUCUUUCGCUAGAGACAGAGGUGUUCCACUAUGGAGGUAUUGGGUAAAGCUUGACCGCCGGACCUCAAUCCCCAUAUACACCAUCGCAUUCACCACUAUGGUUUCCAUACUUCUUUCGCUUAUUAUCCUCGGCUCGGGCGUCGCCUUCAACAACAUCGUUAAUCUCAGUAUUGCCGGCCUCUAUUCUUCAUAUCUCGUCUGCUGCGGCAUGCUUCUCUGGCGCCGAUUACAAUCCCGGAAAAUCAAGGCAUAUGAUCCACGUAUCAUAAUAUACGGCGCAGAUGACCUACAUUGGGGACCAUGGCGUAUCCCUGGCAUUUUAGGCGUUGUUAAUAAUCUUUUUGCCUGUAUUUUGGUGAUGUGUGUUGCAUCACCAUCCGAAAUUUAA